AUGUCGUCCACAGACAACUCUCGUAUUUUAUCACUGGAGGACCAAGUAAGGAGCUUAUCGGAGGAGUUGAUGCAAUGCCAGGCUGAUAAAGACUUUGUGUGGUCCCUCUGGAAACGACUCCAAGUGGAACAUCCAGACUUGACCCAGGCUGUGAGUUUGGUCAUUGAGCGGGAGAGGCACAAAGGCGAAAUGAAGGACAGGAAGGUGCUGGAGAUCCUGCAGGCCAAAGACUUCAAGAUACAGGAUCUGGAAAUGAGAGUGUCAGAGAAGCAGCAAGAGGUAAACAAGCUCCUCCAAAGACGCCCAGCGAUGGACCAAGAGGCUUCUUUCAUGAAGCGCGAGCUGGAAGACAUGCGUCAACAGCUGCUUGACAAGAGCACACAACUUCAGGAAUUGAAGACGGAGUGUGGGAGGAAAGAGGAGGAGGCGCAGCAGGCAGCGCGUGCACUCGAGGAGGAGAAAGGGGGAUUAACAUCCCGCUGUGUCGCCCUGCAAGCUGACCUGGAGGAGAAAGAGAAGCAGGCCAUGCACCACCGUGACCAGAGGGAGGCUGCUCAGGCCAGAGUCAAGGAACUUGAGGAAGAAGUACGCAGCGCCUGGCAGGAGGUAUCCAAAAUACAGAGCCAUAACAGCACCCUGGCAGCUUGUGUCUCUGUCAAAGAACAAGAGGUGGCAACAAAAGAGGAUCAGCUUCAUAAACUCAGGUGCGAGUUGGCAGAAGUGCAGUCGUUGUACAAACGCAGCACGGAGCACGCGGAGGCGCAGAGCCAACUGAUCAAGGAACUGGAGGGACUCAACGUGGACACGCAGAGAAUUAUGAGGAACCAGGAAGAGGCGCACACUGCUGACACAACUUCCUGUCAGAAACUGUACGGCGAGUUGAACGAAUGCUACCAGAGACUCGUGUCAAGUGAGGCCAAGCUGAGGAACAGCCACCAGGAACUGAGCAGGCUAUUGGCCCAGAAAGAGCAGCAGAUAUUGCAACUGCAGGCCCAGCUGCAACAACAUCAACAGGAGCAACGGGAGGAACCACGGCAGCAGCAACAAGCACAGCAGACAGCAUUUUGCAUCGCAAGCAACAGACAAACCAAUUUGAAGCUCAUCAAUGGUAAGCGACGGACUUUACUUAGGCCUUGCUUACCUCCGAGUCAAAUGUGCGUGAGCGGGCGUUCGCUUCACCGCGAGCAUUCCGACAAUAAGACCCUGCGCUCCAUCUUCCCUGUCAGGAGGCAGCAGGGUGCACCUGUGCAGCGAUCCCGGUCUCUGUCCCCGGCUGGCAGCGUGGAGCUUUAUCGGGAAGGAAGAAAAGGCGCAGUGCAAAAAAUUCGAGACCUUGAGGACUUGCUUCAAUCUAAGACAGAAGAAAACGAAGAACUGAGGAGAGCUCACGACCGAAGACGUGAGCGCCUUUUAUUGGUGCAGAAGAACUACAAGGCCGUCAAAGACCAGCUUAAAGCAGCGGAGAAAGAAAAUGGCAUGCCACAUGGAAAGACGCCGCGUGCCGAGCCCUGGCAGUUACGACAAGAGAACAGCGAUGCCGUGUGGAACGAACUUGCCUACUUCAAAAAUCUCACCCGGAAACUCACUCUUGAGAAAACCAGUUUGGAAGAGGAGCUAGACACGCAACGAGUCCAGGCGGCGAUGGAUCGGGCCUUGGUGAAGGAGCUGCACUUGUGUCUCGCUGAAGAACACCAAGUGCUGCUUCACAAAGUGAAAGAGGAGCGCCGGGUCAAAAGCUCUUCUCCAAAAAAGCAGUCUGUUUCUUCAGAGCGAUUGGAACAGUCAUUUAUAAAGAUUGAGCAUCUGGAGCGGAGGAUGAUGUCCCUGGAGGAGGAGACAGAGCUGCUGAGGGAUGAGAAACAGCAACUGCUCGAGGCCAACGAAGACCUGGCCCGCGAUUGCCGUGGACUACAAGCAUCGUUGGACAAUCUGCAAACCCAGGAAAAUGUCCGCCUGCAAACAGCUCAAGCCCAGGCCCGUGCCUUGGCUUUAACCCAGGUGGAGUGUUAUCGCACACCGUCCAGCGAAAUCGCCAGUCUCCAAUCCCAACUGUCCGCCGCUCGCAAAGAAUCCACCGACCUCCACCGUCAGCUCCUGAAACUGAGGCAGGAGCUCGGCGUCCUCAGAGCGGCGAGGGACUUCUACAGAAAGCGCGCGACGGGACCGGCGCGUCCUUGCGGGAUCGCCGGCAACGUUAGCGGCAAGACUAAGUUGAAAACAAUUAAGCUCGGGGGUUCGUUACGCCGGCGCCGCCACCCGACCGUCAUCCCCAAUCAAGCCAUCAGCUGGCAAGGCCGCAGCCUCAGUCCCUCCAAGGACGAGUGGGAGGACAUGAGCGCGGCGAGCGACAGCGAGGAAUACUCCGACAGCCUCGACAGUGUGCCCUCAGGGACCGCGCAACGCAAGAGAAAGCUCGACAGGUGUCGGCCGAACGCAGACGCGAGAGAGCUGCCGGCGGAUUCCAGCAUGGGGCGUCCUGAUCUUGUCGAUCGAGACAACAAACAACAGCACAACACGAGAGGCGAGAAGAGGAGGAAGUGGCAGCUAAUAAAGGCUUCACACUGCACCUCUUCUGCCUUACAACGCCGCGUCGAAUCCCUACAGCGGCACGUGGACGUGCUACAACGUGCCAGGAAAGACGCCGCGCUCUCAGCCCGAGAGCUACGGAGCGCCAACGAAAAGAUGGCGGCGCAACUCGACUCCCUCGCUGAGAAACUAGGCAGCAGCAAGCAGAUCACACAGAAGCUGUCAUCAGAGCUAGCGGGUGUGGAGCAGCAGAAGAAGGUUCUGGAGAUGGAGCUGGAGCAGUGGAGGCAAAGCACUUUCCCCCGCCGUGUGGCUGAUUGCUCGUGCCAGGCUUUGGAAGCAGAGGUCAAACAACUGCAGGCCAAAGUCAAGAGUACAAGUGCAGAGGUCACCAGGCAGGUGGCGGCUAACAAAGACCUUCGAGGACAAUUGCGGGAGAAGGAGGAAAAGCUUCGACAACUGCAGGACAAAGCGAGCCACGCCGAGCGAGACGCGACCAUGAAGAGGCAGUUAGUAGAAGACCUGAAGACGAGGCUCAAGUUCGUGCACGAAACGGAGAAAAGUUACCGCAGGCAGGUGGAGGAUCUGGAGAAGAAGGUUAAGUGUUUAUCAGAGGAAGCUUCGAACAGAAAGGCCUUCAUUGAAUCGCUGAAGAGGAGGCUGAGCGUGGCAACCUCCGAGAAGAGCCAACAUGAAGCAUCGUGCGCUAAACUCAAGGAUGACCUGGAAAAAAAGGAGCAUCGCAUUCAAGCCCUCCAGGCUCGCGUGGGAGCCGGCGAGCAGGCCUUGGCCGCUCUGGAGCAGAGCGCCACUGAGGAAACGGAGCGGCUGACCCAGCAGCGCUCCCAAGCGUUGGACGGGCUUCAGAGGCAGCUCGGCCAGGCCUCCUCCCAGCUGGAGCAGCUUCGCUCUUUUAUCAAGGCCCUCGCCGGCGAGAUGCUGAUAGACGUGCGAGAGGUCAAGCGGCAGCUGAUGAAGAGGAGGAGGUGGAGGCGGGGCGCCGUGGAGGCGAAGGGCGGCCCGUCGGCCAAAUCUAUGAUCAAAGCCAAGUCCGUCGCAGCCUCCAUUCUCAAUAUGUCCGAGAACGAUCUGGCCGACAUCAUGGACUCGGACCAGGGGACAGAGGGUCUUUCAGAUUUCCGUGAAGAUCAGGAAUGGUUGGACUAUCUAAACCAGAUCCUACAACAGAAGAUCCCCUCAGCCGGCCAGCUAAUGGAGGCUUUGCGUGUGAAGAUGAAGGAGAGGAAAGUGCUGACAGAAGAGCUGGCCACGCUGGCAGCAGAAGCCGCAGUCAGCGAAAAAGCCUGA